AUGCUUAGUGGUGACAGCUUUGAAGAACAUCGCCUCCAACAUACGACUAAUCGUGGCCGCCCUCAGUCCUCCUCGCCUGUCGCAGGCAGUAUUGAUAGGGGUUGCGCCGCAGCUGCUGCGUCAUCUGAGAAGUUUGACCAACCAGAAGGAAGGAGUCAGAGUGGGAUGGAAAGCAUGUCGCGUAGGGUGGUGGAUUGUCGUUCGCUCUCCAUGGAGGACAUAUCGCUUAUGCGGCUGCGAGGAUGCCGCACUAUGGCGUCGACGACAUCAUCGCUCGUUAUACCAGAAGAGCAAAGACAACAGCCACAUAGAGAUCAUUUUUCGCUGACGGGCCACAUGUUAAUGUCAUUGCGCCGAUCUGCGUCACCAAAGAUUCCAGAGACGUUGGCUGCGCAACACCACGAGAGUCAAGGGACGAACUCUGACGUUCUUCAAAGUAUUAGGUGUGAGUCUGGGGACUCUUCUACGGGGGGUUUGGUGCCGCGUUGCAUGACUCAUGAUAGUGACGAAAACGGGGAUGAAGUUAUUAGCGUGGUUUACGACAGUUUGGGCAUAAAAUUCCCCGAUGUGGGGUCUGAUGCAUUUCAGGGGGUCACGUCUGAACGUUUAUUCUCCUUCUGCUUGGAAAAAUCAGGGAACCUUGGCGCUAAUGUUUCCUCCUUUCAAAGGAAAUGCCUUGUUCCCGCCUCAAACUCGCCGUACCCCAGUGUGAGUUCCUCCUACGUGAACGUUAUGCCUGGAAACCAUCCAUUUUCAACCAGGCGGUUUCCAGUUCUUGGGAGGGUGGACGCAGGUUCUUAUUCCGUGUUUCAUCCUACUGGUCUGAGGGGUGCUGGGGAGGAGGAGGUGAAGGAGUCAGGUGGUGGGAACGAGGGUGAGCGGUGGGAACGAGGCAGCGAUGACGGUGGUGACGGCGAGAUGGCUGAGGAAUUCCGAAUAAAUGCCAAUGAAACUGUCAUGGCAACUUUUACUGCUGCCAGCAAGGAAGAUGAGGCUGAUGUGGAUAGUGCCAUCGCUGUUGAAGGGAAAGGUGGUGGGGCUUUUGCUGGGGAGGAACUUGACAGGAAAGGCCAUGAUAACGACGAUUGCAACUCCGUGAGUUGUUGUUUUUUGGAUUGGCGGCAAAGACGUCAGUACUUGAAGCGUUUACGAUGUGUGUAUGCUUUUCAUGAGCGUAUAGCAGCCGCCGCGGAGGAUGAAGUUGACCCGGUCUUUUCGCGAAAUUCUUCGCAAAGUGCUGGCCGUCUUGUACCUCCUCAUGCGGAGCUUUGCUCAUUAUUUUUAUUGAAAAUGACAGGAACACCGCCUGGAUAUUACAGUUUUGGGUCUUGGCGUAGCAUGCAACAUCCAAAUAAGAAAGUUGUUCCAGCUAUGUCGACGCUGCUUAGCAGUUUUUCCACUUACAGCUGUGACAGCCGCCAGAGUAGUCUUUCAUUCAGCAUGGAUCCUCACAUUUUGUUCCUGAUCGAGCGGCGCCCACUAUUGCAGACAACCUUAUUUGCAGAGUUUACCUACCGUAAAAUUUAUCAGAAAAUGAGACAGCAGCAACAGCAGGUACCUAAGAGUAGUGCGAGUGGUUAUGUGAAUAAUCCAACGUGGGCUCCAUUUGUUUUUGAGGGAAUACCAAAUAAGGAAGAGAGUUCCGAAAAGGAGUCUAACAGGGUUGCUGAUGUGACGAUCGCUUCAGUGGAAAUUGAUUCGCCAAAGGGUCCGGCUGCCGUCGAUAGCGUGACAGAUUCCAGUCUUACUGCGGGGGAAUUUGUGGAGCUUGCGCCAAAACCGGUCGUGUCCUCUACAUCUUUCUUAGGAGCGGGGGAAUCGCCUGUCACGGUUUAUCGCCGACCGCUAACGCAGUUGCAUUCCUGUAAGAGGAAGGUUCACACCAUCGAUGGGAAUACUCGUUGUGUGGAUAAUGAGGAGGAUGACCUUGUCGUUUAUGUAGGUAUGAUUAUAAUGGGAUGGCUGGAGGUGGUAGAUCUUUUGGGAGCGGGCACAUUUGGGCAAGUCUUUCUAUGCAAAGAUCUACGUAUUUCGGAUGGACACUUUGUACACCCGGGUGAGAUUGAAGGGGAAGAUUUUCAAUACUGGCAGUGCUCCCAUGAGUAUAUUCCCUUUAGCGAUCCAUCGCUCAUGCCGACCCAUUCCCCUCUUGUAGCCGUCAAGGUUGUGAAGAGCCGAGAGUUGUUUGAACAACAGUCCAUCCUGGAGGCGGAGAUGCUUGUGUACAUUGGUACACAGAUCGCACCUAAGCAGACGCGUGAUGCUGAGGUGUCAGAGGGAAUUGCAGGGAGUCCUUCCGCGAUGGAGCCUCCGGAGUUGGAUGCUCCCUGCCAGUAUGUAGCACAUAUUUUUGCACAUGGGAUAUGUUACGGCCACCAUUGCAUUGUCAUGGAACGUUAUGGUGCAAAUCUUUUUGAAUAUGUGCAGAGUCGUGAUUUCAAAGGGCUUCCGAUGUACCAUAUUCAAGCAAUUGGACGCAAAAUGUUGUUGGCAUUAACACUACUUCACGAGGAAUGCCACGUUGUACAUGGUGACAUCAAGCCAGAAAAUGUACUAUUGACACUUGACUCAUGUUUUUCAACCCCCACAGUUCAUAGAACUACUGCUGCUAAUACUGGAGGUGGUUGUGUGGGCCAUGAUGAUGGUGUUUCUCGUGGUUCAAGGGUGACGUCCAAAUCAUCUUCCGUACUCUUGUGUCCCUCAGCAAGGGUUAGUUUUAAACAUAAACUAACCGGUGCGUCGACAUCCAACACAAUGGAGUCUUCAUUGCCAGCCCCAGUUCCUUUCCGUACACGCCAUUACGGCUAUGUUGGCAAAAACCAGUGUACACCUCAUGACAUGGAAUCAUUGGGGGAGGGUGAGGGAAGUGUGGAGGACGCAGCUCAAGGAACACAGAAUGUAACUCUUCCAUCCUUAAAGAUCAGGCUGAUUGAUUUUAGCAGCAGUUUCUACGUGGGGGCCAGCAUCUACACGUACGUGCAGUCGCGCUACUACCGAGCUCCAGAAGUGAUUGUUGGUGCGGGCUAUGGCCCUCCAAUUGACAUAUGGUCGACGGGGUGCCUCCUCGCAGAGUUGCUGCUGGGGCUCCCACUCCUGCCCGGUAGUUCUGACUUUCACCAACUUUACCUGAUUGAGGAGAUGCUAGGACCACUUCCCUCGGAGCUGCUUGGGCGGGGAAAGCAAACUACUGACUACUACCUUGUCGAGCCUACCGAGUCUGAGGGUGGAAUUUCCGUAAGCGGUGGUUCUACAAACACAGGCGGUAGCGUAGCAGAAAGUGUUUCCUCUUUUAGGCUUUUCCGGGAAGACGAGUAUCGUGCUCGACACGAGAACGCUCCACCAGUGGAGUGGAGGUGCUACUUUCAAUACCGCACGCUCGCGGAACUGCUGCGAAACUGCAUGCUCAGCGUGGAAGAAAAACAAAUAGCUCUUCGGGGGCUCUCUGUGCUUGCCGUUGGCGAACCAACUGAGGACAUGCCGCCGGCAGCAGCGGAGCAGCAAAGACCAAUAAAAGCCAUUAUUGAUGAGAUGAUGCAGCAAAGAUUUUGGCUGUACGAUUUGCUGAAAAAGAUGCUUCAUGGCGAUCCGUCCAGGAGGCCGACGGCGCGCGAAGCACUGUUUCACCCGUUUUUUAUGCACACCCCAAAUUACAUGAAACCCUAUUUGUUUGUUACGGAGUAA